UUCCAGAUAAAGCGGGUCUUCAUCCUUUUCCCGCAACAGGAGCAACUUCCUCAAAACUCCAGCAUAUAACGAGGUCUUCUACUAACCCAGUUUCAAACCAGUAUCCACCUUUUGUUCUGAACUUCAGGAAAUCCUCUAGGUCUGUUUGUCAGGGCAUAAUGCAUACAUUUGGUGGAAUCACCCUGCUUGUGGUGGUGGUGUGGUGUGGACUAGCUCACACUCUGGAGGAUCUCACACUGGAUGAAGCAUGGGAGAGCUGGAAACUCACCCACAAGAGGGAGUACAAUGGCCUGGAUGACGAGUCUAUUCGACGGGCGAUUUGGGAGAAGAACAUGCUGUUUAUUGAGGCCCAUAACAGAGAGUACGAACUGGGGAUUCAUACCUAUAAUCUGGGCAUGAACCAUUUUGGAGAUAUGACACUAGAAGAAGUGGCAGAGAAAGUCAUGGGACUUCAAAUGCCCAUGUACCGGGACCUAACUAACACAUAUGUGCCUUAUGACACAGUGGAAAAGUUGCCCAAAUCAAUUGACUACCGUAAACUGGGAUACGUCACUUCUGUCAAGAACCAAGGUUCUUGCGGCUCAUGCUGGGCCUUUAGCUCUGUUGGGGCUUUGGAAGGUCAGCUGAAGAAGACUAAAGGUCAGCUGGUAGACCUCAGUCCUCAGAACCUGGUGGACUGUGUGACUGACAACGAUGGCUGUGGUGGAGGAUAUAUGACAAAUGCCUUCAGAUACGUCAGAGACAACCAAGGCAUUGAUUCAGAGGAGAGCUACCCCUAUGCUGGAAUGGACCAGCAGUGUGCCUAUAACAGGUCAGCAAGAGCGGCCAGUUGUAAAGGGUAUAAAGAGAUUCCUCAGGGUAAUGAGAGAGCACUGACUGCUGCCGUGGCAAAGGUGGGACCUGUAUCAGUGGGUAUAGAUGCCAUGCAGUCCACCUUCCUGUACUACAAAAGCGGUGUAUACUAUGAUCCCAACUGCAACAAGGACGAUGUCAACCAUGCUGUUCUAGCUGUUGGCUACGGAGUCACACCAAAAGGGAAAAAGUACUGGAUUGUGAAGAACAGUUGGGGUGAAGAUUGGGGGAAGAAGGGGUACGUCCUGAUGGCUCGUAACCGUAACAAUGCAUGUGGCAUUGCCAGCCUGGCCAGUUUCCCUGUUAUGUAAGAGCUGGAAGUAGGGAGCUCACAAGGGACCAAACUUGUCUGCUGCUGACCAAUAACAAAAGGGACUCAAUCACUAUCAGUGUGCUCCAGCAUUACAUAAUGAUUGGGGAAACACUCUCUAAAAGAAGCAGUUGAUUUGAAUACCACAAGGUUAAGUGUAUUUACCUCUUGUGUUCUAGAUGUCUUGUUCUUAAUCCUAUGAAAUUAUGCAAUCGAAACUGUUUUGUGCAAUAUUUGAAAUUCAUAAGGGAAAUUUUGAUAUUGUGUAUACAGUCUGUUAAACUUUUUUUUUAUUCCCCUGGUGGGAUCUGAUCUUUGACACUUGUUUUAUGAUGUAUUGAUUAUAUAGAUUAUUAAGGGCUUUUUGUGACAAUAUUAAAUAAAACUGUUAAACUGUUCAUAUUUGGGUAAAAGUAUCUCAAUGUCAUUUUCAUAAAUGGUUUACUGCAAUAAGGUUUAAUGAUGUAAUGUUUAUCACACUAACAGUAUGUUAAUACCAAGUCAAUAUCACACCUCUGUACAGAAACGUUAUAUAUAAUAAAUGACAUUCAGAGAAUAAAAUAUCAAUGCCAAA